AUGGCUGGCACAGUUCUCGUGUGUAUAGUAAACCAUGAUGUAUUGACUAUCCAGAAACUCCUUGAAAGAACUCGUGCCAGGCGAGAGAACCUGCAGAAGAAAAUGGCUGAGCGGCCCAAGAUGGGAGCGAGACCCCCCAUGCAGAACAAGAGGGUCAGAGAGCCUCUGUUAGAGACUGGCAACCAGGCACCUCUUCCAGGUGAAGAAGGAAAACCUGGGACAAAGCCAUCACCAUCAAAGAGGCUCUGCCCUGACAACAUGGAAGCUCAGACUUCCAGUUCAGAGAACAUACAGCCACUGCCUUCAAGUUCCACAAGCCCUCGUUCUCCUGAGACGACUGCAGAGCUGCACGUAGCUGCUUCUAACAGGUCUUCGUUGGUUCAGCCCCUUGAGAAAGGGAAAACAAACAUGGAGUCAGGAACUCCUGCAGCCCUUUCAGUCAAGACACGAAUGCAGAAGCUGGCAGAACAGCGGCGCUGCUGGGACACCGAGGAUCCCUCUGAAUGUGCUGCUCUGUCUCCCCUCCAGUCAAAAGAUCUGUCUGUUUCUCCACCUAAGCAGACAUCUAAUGCCCUGGCAAGUGAUACCCCUAUUGGGAGAAGGGGCCGUUUAGCUAACCUUGCUGCUACCAUUGGUUCCUGGGAAGAUGACCUAAGUCAUCCAUCUGCAAAGCAAAACAAUGCACAAGAACAGCCUGGCACUACUUGUUUAUCCAAAUUGUCCACUACAAGUGGAGCAUCUGCUAGAAUCAAUAGUAGCAGUGUAAAGCAGGAAGCUGCAUCCUGUUCUCAAAGGCUUGUUGAGGCUUCUAUUAAUAAACCAGCAAACUCAAAGAUAGAGGAUCCAAAGAGUCUUUUAACACAACCCUCAAGAGUCCCUGUUCCUCGUUCUAAAGAAUCUGAAGUGCGACAACCGCUGACGGAGAACCCCUGCAGCCCUCAGAAAGCCGAGAAGCGUGCACAGGCAGCAAAACCACCUUUGCCUCAACCAGUUCAGUCCAAAGAAGAGCCAGUCAAAGGAACACAUGUACAACUUGAACCUAAGGGGAAACCCACAACACCAGGGGGAUCAGGAAUUAAGCCCUUCCUGGAUCGCUUUGGGGAGCGCUGCCGGGAGCGCUGCCAAGAGCGCAGUGCACGGAGUCCUGCUGCGAAUACUGCGGGGUGCAGAACUCCCACUGUCACCCCAAACACCAGGACAAUCCAGGAGAGGCUUCUCAAACAGAAUGAAACUUCCUCUACUGCCAGUUUAGCUCUUCAGCUUAAGCAGGAGCGUGAACGAGAGCUCGCCUGCCUGCGUGGCCGCUUCGACAGGGGCAAUCUGUGGAGUGUGGACAAAAGUGAGAGUUCAAAGAGAAAACUUCCUGAAGCUAAAAUGGAAAGCCAAGCUCAGACUAGUCCUAAACGUCCUCCCAGUUCAGAUGCCACUGCUCUUGAAUCAGCAGAAGAGACACCAGCAUGUGAUAGGCCAGUGAAGUCUCCCAGCACAGAGUCUUCAGAUACUGCUAAAUCUGAAGAAAGUGAUAAACCCAGUCCUCUGAUGAACACUGAGCCCAAGAGCCCUGGGAAAGAGACAUCUGUCUCAAAACUUGAGCAACUUGCAGAGAAACCAAAAGAUGAAGUACAUGAAACUGAAACGAGUGUGGAUGAUGAGAUGAAUAGCUCUAAAGUGAUCAAUGAAAUUUUUGAGAUCCUUGAAGAGGAUGGUCCAGACAUAGAAAAGCUGAAGAAAGAAAUGAGCAUGAGCCUGGAAGGUGAAAGUGAUGAGGAGCAGGAAGAGUCGCUGAAUAUUUCAUCAAUGUCUCUGUUAACCCCUCUAGUGGAAUCUGUCGGUCCAGAGGCCUUCAUUUCUCCUUGUAAGUCAACUGGUGAAGGUAGCAGUAUCAGUGAUGUAAGCCUGAGCUCGGAGAAGUUCCAAAGGACCCAAGUGCCCAGGGCAGAAUCUGGAGACAGCAUCGGCUCUGUGUCCGAUGAGCGCAACCUUCCGUACAGUGUUGAUGCAUACCGGUCUCAGAGGUUCAAAGAAACUGAUCGCCCUUCCAUAAAGCAAAUCAUUGUUCGCAGAGAAGAUGUUGCUUCCAAACUGGAAAUGAAAAAGAAUGGCCCCUCUGAGCAAGUCAAUAUCAAAAAGAAAAUGCAGGAGCUGAAUAAUGAGAUCAACAUGCAGCAGACAGUGAUCCAUCAAGCCAGUCAAGCUCUGAACUGCUGCUUUGAUGAGGAGCAUGGAAAAGGGUCACAAGAAGAAGCAGAGGCAGAGAGACUUCUUCUCCUUGCAACUGAGAAGAGAACUGCUUUGUUGGAAGAACUGAAUAAGCUGAAGAGUGAGGGACCUCAGAGCAGAAGGAAUAAAGCUGCUUCUACACCCCCUGAAUUCGCUCCUUCCAGGGGCUCUGUUUCCAUUUCAGAGAUGCGUCUACCUCUAAAAGCAGACUUUGUAUGUGGUACAGUGCACAAGCCAGAAGCAGCAAAUUACUACUAUGUAAUAAUACUGAGAUCUGGAGCAGAAAACAUGGUUGCAACUCCAUUAGCAAGUACUGCCAGCUCCCUGAAUGGAGAUGCUCUUACUUUUGCUACAACAUUCACUAUGCAUGAUGUGUCAAAUGACUUUGAAGUAAAUAUAGAAGUUUACAGUUUGGUACAGAGAAAAGAAACUACAAGCACUGAUAAAAGGAAAAAGGCAAAUAAAUCUAAGGUGAUUACUCCAAAGAGAUUGUUAACAUCUAUUACCUCUAAAAGCACCCUUCUUACUCCAGCCAUGGCCAGCCCAGGUGGUCCUCAUGCUGCUCGCACUUCCAGCUUCAUCCUAGUUGGGUCUCUCAAGCUGUCCUUGUCUUCUGUAGGAAAUACCAAAUUUGCACUGAACAAGAUAAAUUUGGAAGGGGAGGAAAAAGAACUGUUGGGCUCUAUGUUCCAGGAGAAGGUUCCUUUUCUGUCUCCUCUGGAAGGUCAUAUAUAUCUGAAGUUAAAAUGUCAAGUAGACUCUUCUGUGGAGGAGAAAGGGUUCUUGACCAUGUUUGAGGAUGUCAGUGGAUUUGGAGCGUGGCACAGGCGCUGGUGUGUGCUGUCUGGGAAUUGUGUCUCUUACUGGACGUACCCAGAUGAUGAGAAACGAAAGCAUCCUCUGGGCCGCCUCAACCUGGCCAACUGCACCAAUCACCGCAUCGAACCUGCCAACAGGGAGUUCUGUGCCCGGCCCAACACCUUUGAGCUGAUAACCGUGAGGCCUCAGAGGGAGGACGACAGAGAGACCCUUGUCAGCCAAUGCAGAGACACUCUCUGUGUCACAAAGAACUGGCUGUCUGCUGACACCAAGGACGAGCGUAACCUUUGGAUGCAGAAGCUCAACCAAGUCCUCGUGGACCUUCGUAUGUGGCAGCCUGAUGCCUGCUACAAACCCAUUGGCAAGCCUUAAGCUCUGCAAGGGAAACACAAAGGAAACCUGUAUGCAACACCCCCCCAUGAACUACACCCCCAAAAAACCCCCACAAAAACCUCGGUGGAAACUGGGGGAAGUCCUCUUGGUCACUUAUGCUUUAAAUUUGAGAGAGUAUUUAACAGUCUAUAGGAUUAUUUUAUGCAGUAUUUUCUCUUUUCCUUUCAC